GAUGUGAACGCUCUGUCUCCGUUAGCUGUGCGAGUCACUCCUUUAAAUUAGCCGGGUGCGUAUAGUCUUUCAUGAAUGAACCCACGUGACCAAACAUAUGACGUCUGGCGUCGGAACAAGAGAAAGGGAAAUCAGCAAAGAGGGACAACAACCGCGCUCCCGCAGGAAAAUAAAUAAAUAAAUAAAUAAAAUAAAGACAACAAGACAUCAUAUGCACGCGCUUGGCAUCCCGAGCGGACCCGGUGUCUCUCUUUUCUCCCUACAGCCGAGAGUCGGAAUACUGGAGCAUCUUUUCUGACGCGGGUGAGUCAAAUCAAGCCGCACACUGAAGAAGAAGAAGAAGAAGAAGAAGAAGACGCGCAUUGUUAAAUGCUGAGUGUGCACGCGCGCUGGCGUCUGUUCCCAGCUGCCGCGCGCGCUUUCCACCUGCUUCGCUAAAUGUAGCUGAUUCAUCCCGAAACGAAGCGCUUCCGUUUAACGGAGCGACGGGAUUUACGGAGCGGCUAGCAGUUGCGGGAGGUUGUGGGGGAUUCCCUUUAUCCAUUCGUUCAGCACGAGCGAGCGAGCGAGCGGGCGGGAGGCGGCGAAGUGCAUCUGGUCUGGAAGUGAAAUCACGAGCGUGUGUAGUGACAGCUAGGGGGCUCGUGGUCGAGAAAAAUGUGUAACCGGAUCGGCGCGUUAGUUUGCUAGCUCAUGCACACGCGCAGCACACGAGCGCUGCUGUUUCAUCAAAUCCAAUCGACGCUCCUGUUUUGAAAGAGCGCCAUCAGCAUCUGAUGGAUGUACGGAAAGGGGAGCGCUGGGCUGCACAUUAAUAUCAGACAGUCUUCCAGGAUAGUCAAGCGUGGCUCUCGUGGCAUGACUACUACAAGUAAGGGAAACAAAGCCCUGAAGGUGAAGCGGGAGCCAGGUGAGAAUGGCACGAGCCUUACGGACGAUGAGCUAGUGUCGAUGUCAGUGCGAGAGCUGAACCAACACCUGCGCGGCCUAUCCAAGGAGGAGAUUGCACAACUAAAGCAGCGGCGGCGCACGCUAAAGAACCGUGGCUAUGCCGCCAGCUGUCGCGUCAAGCGCGUCACGCAGAAGGAAGAACUGGAGAAGCAGAAAGCUGAGCUGCAGCAAGAGGUGGAGAAACUCGCUUCCGAGAACGCCAGCAUGAAGGUAGAGCUAGACGUGCUGCGUUCCAAGUAUGAGGCGCUGCAAAGCUUCGCCAGGACUGUGGCACGCAGCCCUGUACCAGCUGCCAGGGGCGCAAUCACGCCAAUCAUCGUACCAGGCAAGGUGGCCGCCACGAGUGUCAUCACCAUCGUCAAGUCCAAAACGGAGGCACGCUCGUAAUGCACAAUGCCUUUGGUCAGUGAAUCAUUAUCAAGCACAGAUCUGCAACAUCUGCUUUAAACAAUACAGCAGUUAAAUAUGCUCUGCCUAGCAGUGUGCUUAUUAAGAUGGCAUGUAUGGUGAGUUUUGGUUGUUAACCUCCAUUAAGGCCUUUCUGGUUUUGCAUAACUGUGUUUUUUUUUUUUUUUUUUUUUUUUUUUUUACAUUAACCUCAAGUGUUAUACAUUCCCAGAUUUAGCACAACCUUCUAUGCACCAUAGUAGGGAUUAUUAGCCCAUAAUAUAAAAAUAACACAAAAGGCAGAGCUAACAUUUCUACAUAUUUCAUUAAAACUAUGUACACUGUCAUUGCUUUCACAACUUAAAAGCAAGACAUGUCUUACUAGAUGCAGAUUUUUAUAUUUUAGUGAAGAUUUUUUUCACUGAAUAUCCCAGUAUAUUACCCCUGACAAACCUGAUUCUGUCCUAGCAACUUCUCAGUUAGCUUGGCACAGGUUAAACACAUGUGCAGGAGAACAAUGCAGUCCAACACAGUUACUACUGAAUUUGGUUUGCACCAUAUUUGCAACAUUGCACUGAGAGUUUUGUUUACUGAUAUUUAGCAACCUGGUAUUUCCUUGGUAUAACAGGGAAAAUAUUAGAUUAACAUUGCUUUCAUAUUUCAGAUUCCUGUGCUUGAUAUUAUCCACUGACCAACUCUCAGAAAGGCCAUCAUGGUCUUGCAAGUGAUGAUGAAAUCUAUUAAUGACAGAAAGUGUCAGCAUUAAAAAAAAAAACAACAACUUAUGCUUACCUUAAAAAUGAGCCAACUGUGGGGGUUAAUAUUUUUCAGAUAUUGCAGUUGCUGAGUCAAACCUUGAUUUGAUUGUGGGUGAAAUUCGAGUACUAAACUGAAAUUAGAAAUGACUUUUUUUUUGGUGCCAAAAUAUUUUCAAUUCGAUCAUAAUACAAAUUGAAUUUCUGUUUACAUUAAACAGCUCUGCUAAAAUUGAUGUCAUUUUGAAAACCAAAUAAUGGAAUUCUAUAUUAAAUCUGGAAAUGUACUAUUCCAAUUAUAGGAUGGCUGGGAAAUUGGGAAGAAAAGGGUAGGUUAAUUUGCAUAUAUUCUCUGUAAUGAUGUUACACUCAGUCAGUGCAAUAGGAUGAAAACCAUGAACUCUCAUUUUUGGCUUUAAAACAGUGUUGGGGGAAAUAUCCAAUUUAUACAAAUUUUCCACCUAUUUUAAACAUAGCUGAUCAGCUAAGGCAUGUUUGGUAUCCAAAUUUUGCUUCUUUAUUUUUGUUCUGGUGCUACAUUGCUAACACAAUAAUAACUAAUGGUAGUCUAUGACCACCCAUUUGCAUCAUGCAAACUCCAUGCUGGAAUUAUUACACCCUUGUCUGAAACAGUCAGAUAAAAUAAUACCAUCUGUAACUAUAUAAAUGGUUAAAGAAUGGAUACAGUAUGUAUGAGUCACUUCAAGAUUUUAUAGAUAUAAAUAAAAUCAAUGGGUUUAAAAUGGCUGCUAGUACAGUGUUCAACUACACAAUGUAUGUUCCUUUUGAGAGAAUUUCUAUAUUUUAUAAAAACACUGUUAGACAAAAGUAAUCUCAAAAAGCCUUAAACUACAGAUUGACAUGGUUUAAGGCCAGAUUUUGCUGUGCAGUUUGUAUGAUGCCUAGAUUACAAAUCAGAUUAGAGAUCAGAAGCUUCUAUUACUUGAGAUGGCCUCAUGUUGGCCUCAUGUUGGCUCUAGUGCAAAACCAGAAAAGUAAAAAAAAAAAAAAAAUGUGGACAACAGGCAUGUUCUGGCUGAUAAGCAAUGUUUUACAGGGAGAGCAUUUGUGUCAAUUUGAAUUUCUCCCCAAAACUAUUCCUUUAUAGACGAAAGUUUGGUGUUCCAUGCCAUGCCAACACGUCAAAAAAAAAAAAAAAAAAAAAAAAAAAUACAACUGUUAGUUUUUUGUGCCCUGUUUUGUUUAAUUCCAUUUGUGGAAUGAUGUUUACAAGUUAUAUUCUGAUGAAUAUGACAAGGAGAGGCAAUAAACUACCGUAUUUAUGCAUGGAAAAGGAGAAAUCCGGUAACUGUCUCCAAGGGUGAUGUUCACCUUUCAUAGACACAAGUUAUAUCACGUUUGUUAUGAGGGAGCCUGUCCAUAGAACAUAGCAAACUCCUUCCUUGUUUGAUUGAAUUAUGUUUUAUGUGUUUUUAAAAAUCGUUUGAUGUAGAAGUUCAUUGGCCAACGUGAAGUAUCGAGUGGUUUAGUUUUGUUCGACAUUCUAGAGCUUAAUGCUGUGGAUGGACUGGUCAUAGUUGCCUAAACACAAAUCCACACAAGCUUUAUCGUUUACUUAUUAUUAGCAAGUGUUCUUUGAUGUCUUUGUCCAGCUAAAGGUUUAGCUAUAUCUUUGUUAUUUUCUGGUAAGAAAAUGUUUUGUUAUUUAUAACAGAGGUGUCCAACUGUCCUGGAAGGCUAAAGUUCAGCACAGUUUGGUCAUUUUCCUGCACUAACACACCUAUUAGUCAUGGUAAAAGGUGUCUUUGAGCAGGUAUAUAACAACUAAACUGUAUGCUGGCCUUUUGACCAGUUGAGUUGGGCACCCCUAAUUUAUAGGGAAAAAAUGUCUGGGAAAAAUACAAACCUUGAACUUGUUUGAUAUUGACUUUGCAAUUGUACCAAAAGUGGCUUAUUAUUGAAGUCUGAUAGCUUUUCUAGUGACUAGGCGCGUGGCGUGCUGUGAAAGUGAUCAGGUGGCAGUGUCGUCCACUCUAUUGGUGUCAUUCUGUACUAUUUACAUGAAUAUAUUUAGAAGAAUUUGUAGAAGAAAGGCAAUGUAUAGAAGACAGUUAACCAUUCAUUUCGGUCCCUUCCAUAUAACUGAUGCAGGUUUUUUUUUUUUUUAACACCAUCUCAAGCAGUGAAAAACCGAAUUCUUCCGCCUCUGUGGUCUCUCCCAAAUAACGGACUUCCAUAACGCAAGAUGUUGCUGAAGGUGCUAUCCAGGACAAAUGUUAAGCAAGAUAUUUUAUAACUUUGGCAAGGCAUUUUUCCAAAAACAUAUUUGGAUUUAUUUAAGGAGAACUUCUUUAUAAUCUUUGGAUUCUGCUUUGUUUUGCUUAGUAGGUGUCCAUCAUAAACUAUAGCCUGGUUAUGUUAAAGUAUUCGGCAGCAAAGUUCAAUUAAAUCUAUUGUGCCAUCCUUUUGCCUGAUUGGCUACUGACUGUGGUGCCCACAUCCACCUUUUUCAUACAGUGACAUACUGUAUGAUGAUCUUUGGUUGAAACAAAUAAAUCUGUGUGUCAUAUUGUAUUUGCACUGUCCACUAACUGCAUAUUGCAAAUAUUAACAAAUUCAUUAAUGAAUAUUGCAAAGACAGUGUAACUCCAAAACUGAAGUUGAACCAUAGCUACUACAAAAGUAUGGUUGUGUUUCGCGAUAUAAUAUAAAUCUCAACCAAGCAUUUACUUUGCGUACUUCCAUUAUAUUGCACAUGAGCUAUGUCAGAUUGAACAUGGCAGUAGAUGACGUGUUACACUACGGAUGCAGCACAGUACUUUCAUAAGCAUCUAGAAUGAUCAUGUUAGAUUAAAUUGAAUCUUUUCAUCAUUGAGUUAAAUGAAAUGCACUGUUGAGACAGGUAUAUUUGCUCAGGAGAAAAAAAAUUCAUCUUCCAACGUGGGGUGAAAGGGCAGCAAGGUGGUGAGGAGGGUAGCGCUGCUGAUUCACAGCUCUAGGGUCCUUGGUUCAGUCCUGAGAUUGGGUUACUGUGUAGAGGUUCUGUCCGUGCCCACACAUGUUUCCUCCAGGUUCUCCCAGGGGUGGAGAAAUCAUAAACUCAAAUCAUAAAGCUAGCCCACCAGGCAAGUGAACACUCCAAUGUGCAACCAAGUCAGCAAGUUGUUGGCCAACAUUUCAACUAGAAGAUCUGGGGUUCUGUCCUUGCUUUGCAUGGAAUGUCUAUUUUCUCUCGAUAUGUUUCCCUGCAAGGUGACUCUUACUUAUAGACUAAGUACGCCUUAUAUAACAGCUUUGCGCUGGAGUUUUUUUGGCUCAGUUUUGGUAGUGGUUCCACAUAUCUGCGUGUUCCUGAUUCUGAUAUUUCACCUGUGCGUGCUAAUUAAUCCACCUAGCAAAAAUUGUUCCACCAUCAACCACAUUCUGCCUUGGCUGAGCAUCAAGGUGUGUUGGACCACAAUGAAGAGCAUUAGGUGUAAACAGACACAUCAAACAACAACUUUUGUUUUGCAAGUCAAUAAGGAGUAGGUUUUUUCCCUCCAUUUUUUGUGGUUGUUGAUCCAACUUGUCCACUGGGCAACUAUGAAUAAAAACAAAAAGCGUCGACACGAAAUCUGCUUGUCUGGGCUGCCCGGGCUAUUGAUUUCUCCACCCCGUUUCCAGUUUCCUGUGACCUCCCAAAAACAUUCUGCUAGGUGGAUUGUCCACACAAAAUUGCCCGUAGGUGUGAAUGAGUCUGUGACCGUGUGUGGGAAUCCAUGGUGUAUUCCCGCCUCAUGCCCAUUGUUCCCAGGAUAGGCUCUGGAUCCACUGUGACCCUGACCGGGAAAAAGUUGAAGCUGAAUGAACUGGCGCUAAAGGAUAAUGUAUCUGUCUAAGGUACGGUUUAGUGGGCAAGAUCAUUGUUUAGGUGCUGGUGCAAAGUCUGAGAGUCCUAACUCCUGUUUUUUUUUCUUUUAAUGGUCUAUUAUAGAAUGCAGUAGUUGGCCGAGAAGUUAAAAUGUCUUGCACUGUAUGGUUCCUGGUAGGUAGGCUUUAAGGCUAACUUGUGGAACUGAGAACACCCUUGUAAUAUCACAGUUAUUGCAUUAAAUAGUAGGGGUGUGAUCAGUACCGUGGUUUAAAAUGAAGAAAUUAAAUAGAUGGCAGAUAUAAAACAGCCUACUUUUUAAACAACAAACAUGCCAGUGGAAAAUCUAAGAAAAACACAUUUCUUCUUUCUUUUCAUUAACCUGCAAAGGCAAAAGCAUAGUAAGUACUCUUAACAAGAUAAAAAAAAAAAUUGUAGCAAUUAUGCAAACAAAAUACUGUGGAUAUAUGGUACUGUCUAUGUCGUCUUUGAAAAUACCAUUUUACACCAAAACACUUGGCUGCCGGGUUAUCAUACAGUGAAUUUCUCAUACCAUCCCAAUCUAAGCCUAUAGUAGUCUGAAUUUUCCAUUUAGAUUCCUGUUUUUGAAAAAAACAUUUCAGGCUCUCAGGGGUUUCUUGUGUAUUUACUGCGCAUAGGCCCCCUCUGUGGUGUUAAAUGGAGUUCUUGGACAAAUGCCCCACUUUAUCCUUUUGUGAACAUAAAUUAUUGAUUGGCGCUAUUUCACAUAGUCCGAUGUCUGUGAUAGUUAUCAUAAUAGAGCAAUUGGAAGAUUGACAGGAGGAGGGAGCGAUAUCACACUGAGCUGAGUAUUGAAUGAUAAAGAACUGUCAAUUUUUGUGCUUUGAGUAACAGCAUCAGUUAAUAUAGUUUUUGUCACCAAGUCAGUCCAGAAAUUGGCAUGUCUAACAGCGCUGCGGGAGGCCUUGUCAUUUUAUACAUAGAUCACACUAUGCAUCCAGGAGAGCCUUUAAUCCCUGCCAUUGUCUUACCAGAGAUUCAGAGGUCCACUCACUUUAUCAGCACUUAUGUGACAAAAUCUAUUAGCUUUAGGCUAACUGGGCUUUGUUUAUCAUGUUCUUUGUUUGUUGAGCAGGUUCAAACACCAGGUUCAUAUAUGGCUCUGAAUAGUUUGUUGUCUCAAAAUUGUUAAAUCAGAAAAAAAAAGCUAUGAAAUGUGAGGUGGUAAUCGGUGAAUAGAAUGUGCUGUUUUGGAUAUAUAUGAGUACUUUGUACGAAAUACAGUAACAAAAUGGGUGAACUGUAACUUUAUUAAUUAAAUUAUUGUACUUUUUUGCAAUCUGUACAUACAAAAGUGACGAUGUAUUAAUAUAUAUUCAUAUAUAAGAACUGUGGAUUUUAACCAUGCAGAUAGUCUUUCUUGGGUUUGACUAAGUUAUUGAUGUACUGUUGUAUAUAUUGUAUGUUUGGUGAUAUACAGCUUCCUUUAUUUUAUAUAUGAUCAAUAAAAAGGUUUUGAGA